AUGUUGAGUUCUGAAAGCCGUCUGAUGAAGGCAAGUUGUCACUGCAGUAAACAUACUAUUCUGUUCCACAGCCAUGGUACUCGAUGUGCUGGUGAGGUUGCAAUGGAGGCCAAUAAUUCCUUUUGUGGCGUAGGCAUCGCUUACAAUGCAAGAGUUGGAGGUAUUCGCUUGUUGGGUGGUCUUGUUACGGACGCUACGGAAGCCACAGCUUUCACUUACAACAAUGAUUACAUUGACAUCUACAACUGUUGUUGGGGGCCAACAGAUAACGGCAAGACUCUGGGUGGACCAAAAAAACUCGGCCAAAAGGCCUUGCAGUUUGGAGCAAGAAAGGGACGUAAAGGCAAGGGGAGUAUUUUUGUCUGGGCGUCUGGCAAUGGUGGCUUGUUCAACGAUCAUUGUGGAGCAGAUGGAUUUGUUAACAGCAUCUAUACCAUUCCCAUUGGUGCAGUCACACAGGAGGGCCUGCCAGCAAGUUACGGAGAACCUUGCCCCGCUGUCAUGGCUGUUACGUUAAACGGAGUCACCAAAGAAAUUCUGAAUGAUCUUCCUUUGGUGACAACUUCCAACAGCGUGAGGGGGUGUGAUUCACAUUUCCGAGGCACCUCAAGUGCUGCACCAUUGGCUGCGGGAGUCCUGGCAUUGGUCCUGGAAGCCAACCCUGAUCUAAGCUGGAGAGAUGUGCAACACCUGAUUGCAAAAACUGCAAAGAUACCCAACCCUUUGCAAGCUGGCUGGCACGUCAAUGGCGGAGGUUAUCAUGUCCACCACAGUUAUGGGUUUGGACUGAUGGAUGCUGGGUUAAUGGUCCAGCAAGCCCUUCUCUGGACUCCCGUAAACCCUCAGCGGAUGUGCUCAGUCGAACUGCCACUUGACCCUGUGAUAAUUAUUCCAGCUGGCAAAAGUGUGAACCUUCAUCUCACUACAAAUGCUUGUGAGGGCACUGCUAGAGCCAUCAAUACACUGGAACAUGUGCAGGCUGUUGUUAGCAUUACCAGCAUCUGCAGGGGUGACCUCAGCGUUGACCUGAUCUCUCCCUUUGGAACAAAGUCACAGCUUCUGAGCACACGGAUGUUUGAUUUGUCUCAAGCUGGCUUGAGUAAAUGGACCUUUAUGUCAGUGCAUUCGUGGGGGGAGAAUCCAGUCGGUACCUGGACACUGAAGGUAUUGGACAACAAAGGUACAGUCAUUGGCUGUCAUCGGCCUGACAACGAAAUCAAUGCGACAACCGUGCGACAUUUCAAACUUGUCCUUUGGGGAACAUUUGAAAAUGACAAAGGAUCAACUGUAGAUGCAAACGUAAAGGAAAGUCUCCAGAAGAAUGCAGAAAAGCAGUUGAAUGAGGACGAAUUCAUCUUGGAGAACAUCACAAGAGUGGGUGUUAAUGACAUUCCCCUUGUUUCCAAGCAGAAGGGCAGACGGUCAACAACUUGAGAAGAUUUUAAAAGUG